AUGUCUGGUGUCCAAGGUGCUUCCGUCGGUAUCGAUCUCGGUACGACCUACUCGUGCGUCGGCGUGUGGCAGAACGACCGCGUCGAGAUCAUCGCCAACGACCAGGGUAACCGCACGACGCCCUCGUACGUCGCCUUCACGGACUCGGAGCGCCUCAUCGGUGACGCCGCCAAGAACCAGGUGGCCAUGAACCCCACCAACACGGUCUUCGACGCCAAGCGCCUCAUUGGCCGCAAGUUCAACGACCCCGCCACGCAGGCCGACAUCAAGCACUGGCCCUUCAAGGUCACGCCCGGCGCCGGCGACAAGCCCCAGAUCACGGUCGAGUUCAAGGGCGAAUCCAAGACGUUCCAGCCCGAGGAAAUCUCGUCGAUGGUGCUCAUCAAGAUGAAGGAAGUCUCGGAGGCCUUUAUCGGCUCGCCCGUCAACAACGCCGUCAUCACAGUCCCGGCCUACUUCAACGACUCGCAGCGCCAGGCCACGAAGGAUGCCGGUGCCAUUGCCGGCCUCAACGUGCUCCGCAUCAUUAACGAGCCCACGGCCGCCGCCAUCGCGUACGGCCUCGACAAGAAGGGCGGUGAGCGCAACGUGCUCAUCUUCGAUCUCGGCGGUGGUACCUUCGAUGUGUCGCUCUUGACGAUCGAGGAAGGCAUCUUCGAAGUCAAGGCCACGGCCGGUGAUACCCACCUUGGCGGUGAAGAUUUUGACAACCGCCUCGUCGACCACUUCACGGCCGAGUUCAAGCGCAAGCACCGCAAGGACAUGACGUCCAACCAGCGCGCCCUCCGCCGCCUUCGCACGGCUUGCGAGCGCGCCAAGCGUACGCUCUCGUCGUCGGCCCAGGCCUACAUCGAAAUUGACUCGCUCUUUGACGGUGUCGACUUCAACUCGACCAUCACGCGUGCCCGUUUCGAGGACAUGUGCGGCGACUACUUCCGCAAGACGAUGGAGCCCGUCGAGAAGGUCCUCCGCGACUCGAAGCUCUCGAAGAGCCAGGUCCACGAAGUCGUCCUUGUCGGUGGCUCGACCCGUAUCCCCAAGGUCCAGCAGCUGCUCUCGGACUUCUUCAACGGCAAGGAGCCCUGCAAGUCGAUCAACCCCGAUGAGGCCGUCGCCUUCGGCGCCACGGUUCAGGCCGCUAUCCUUUCGGGUAACGACUCGUCGGAGAAGCUCCAGGACUUGCUCCUCCUCGAUGUCACGCCGCUCUCGCUCGGUUUGGAGACGGCCGGCGGUGUCAUGACGACGCUCAUCCAGCGUAACACGACGGUGCCCACGAAGAAGUCGCAGACGUUCUCGACGUACGCCGACAACCAGCCCGGUGUCUUGAUCCAGGUCUUCGAAGGCGAACGCUCGAUGACGCGCGACAACAACUUGCUCGGCAAGUUCUCGCUCGACGGCAUCCCGCCCAUGCCCCGUGGUGUCCCCCAGAUUGAUGUCACGUUCGACAUUGAUGCCAACGGUAUCUUGAACGUCUCGGCCGUCGAGAAGUCGACCGGCAAGGAGAACAAGAUCACGAUCACGAACGACAAGGGUCGCCUCACCAAGGACGACAUUGAGCGCAUGGUCCAGGAAGCCGAGAAGUACAAGUCGGAGGACGAAGCCAACAAGCUCCGCAUCGAAGCCAAGAACGGCCUCGAGAACUACGCGUACAACCUCCGCAACACGCUCAACGACGAGAAGCUCCAGGGCAAGAUCGACGAGGCCGACAAGAAGGCCAUCGACGACAAGGUCACGGACGUCAUCAACUGGCUCGACGCCAACCAGUCGGCCGAGAAGGAGGAGUUCGAGGCCAAGCAGAAGGAGCUCGAGGGCAUUGCCAACCCCAUCAUGCAGAAGAUGUACGCUGCUGCUGGUGGCGCCCCCGGCGGUAUGCCCGGCGGCAUGCCCGACAUGGGCGGCGCUGGUGCCCCCCCUCCGGCCUCGCACGCCCAGGGCCCCAAGAUUGAGGAAGUCGACUAA